AUGCAGGAUAUGGAAUUUCCGAAACUGGAUGUCAGCCCACUUGGUGACGAUAUUAUCGACAAGUGUUGGCGUAACAAGUAUCCCACCACUGCAGAGUUGGCUGCAUACAUAGAGGCACUUGUCCCUAAGAAAAAAAAACAAGGUUAUGGCAUGGAUCAGGAUCGCACAGCAGACGAGUUCUAUUCGGAACAGGUAAUCUGUCAGAACUGA